CCCCAAUGGAUGAAGCCCCACCCUUAGAGCAAUGCACCGCCUCCGCAGGAUGUUUUGCCCGUAGACCUCCCCAAAAGGAGGCAGCAAGCUUAGUCCCGUCUGCCCCGCCCUUGGAGGCGCGACCUCAGCUCAAAACCACGCCCCCUGACGUACCCUGCUAUUAGGACACAGCCGGCCACUUCCUCACUGCGCCUGCGUCACCUGUCCGGCUUCUCUAGAUUUGGGCUGGGAAUAUGGCGGCUCCUGAGGCGGCGGUCUCCGAAGAGGACAUGGGGGGCGCGGGGAAGGAGCCGCUGCCAGGGCCUCCCGUAGAGUGCCACUGCGGCCCCACCGUCUCCACCGAGCCCACUUUCCUCGGCCUGGUGAGCCCGUACCGCGCCCGCCGCGUGGGGAACCCCGAAGACCUCGUGGAGCUCGCCCAGCAGGUGCAGAAGGCUGAUGAAUUCAUCAGAGCAAAUGCUACCAACAAGCUGAUAGUUAUAGCUGAGCAAAUCCGGCAUUUGCAAACACAGGCCAGGAAGGUAUUGGAAGAGGCUCAGAGAGAUGCUGAACUGCACCAUGCAGCUUGUAAUAUGGUGAAAAAACCUGGAAAUAUUUACUACCUCUAUAAACGGGAGAAUGGACAGCAAUACCUUUCCAUCCUUUCACCAAAGGAAUGGGGGAAAAGUUGUCCACAUGAUUUCCUUGGUGCCUACAAGCUUCAGCAUGACCUCUCCUGGACUCCAUAUGACAACAUUGGGAAGCAAGAUGCUGAAAUUAGCAUCAUGGACAAACUUUUGAGCCAGCAGAUGGCCCUGCCCCAAUGUACAGAGCCCAAUUUCCAGGGCCUCACUUAGUGACCAUGGACAAUGCCAAAUAGGAUGUGGGCCUGGCUGUUCUCGUCUCCUUAGCUUCCCUACUUUGUAGGAGUUGUGAGAAGUGAGAUAUGAUGUACAUGUAUGAGUACCUUGGAUGGAGACCCCAUGUGUGAAUUGAAGUAUAUUUAUGAACUCCA